ACGCGGCGCGCGCGGCCAGACUUGCGCCAGUGUCAGCUGGCCGCUGCUCUCGGCCGGUCGCUCCGACGGCCUCGUCCUCGCUCGGUGCGCGUCAACCCGGUGGUGGCCGCGCUAGUUGCCGUGGUGGUGGUGCUCCCCAGUGCUCGACCGACCUCCCAUUAUUACGACGAAUUUUUUUUUUUUUUUGUUCUUUCGAAUCGCGCGCUGUGCGUUGUUUGUGCUGGUGGGGGAGGUAUUAUGUGCUGCUGAGCUGGCAUGGGUGGCGCGAGCAGCCGCCGAGGGGCCAGCGGGCGCCAUGCCGGCUGCGACGAUGAGAAGGCUGCGGCCCAACGACGAAGACUCGGCCAGUGAAUCGUCGGAGGAGUUCGUAGACAUCCUGCAGGUGCAGCAGCUGCUGCUGGGGGCGGCGGCGGCGGCCGCGGCCGGCGGGGGUGGCGGGGGUGGCGCCGGGGGUGGAGCCGACCCGCCCGCACCAGCGGUCGCGCCGCACCUCCAUGCGCCCAGCGUCGACGAUCUGCUGGCGCUCUGGCUCGUACCUCCAGGAGGAGGCGCCGCCACUGCGCCCGCCAGCACCUGCUCGCCGCCGACAAUGAUCAUGGACGGCGUCGAGACGCUGGCGCCGCACCCGCCCCUGCUGCACCCGCACCCGCUCUUCCUGCCGGCCGAGAGCGCGGCCGCCGCUGCCGUGGCCGCCGCCGCCCACCAUUUCAACGUGCUCAGCUUCGACUGCCUGUACUCCGGCAAAGACGCGGUAGCGGGCGCGGCCGGCUCGCCUUCCAGCCCGGCCACCGCCGCCUCCGCCGCCGCCUCCUCCACCGUCCCCGCGCCGCUCGCGGCGGAGCCGGCCGCCCCCGAGCCGCAACCCGGAGACCUAAACACGCCCGUCACCACCUCCGGGGACAUUCCGUCCUUCUUCGGCCCGUCCACGGUAGUGGAGCCACCUCCCAUUACAGGUUCGUUGGACCCCGAGGAGCUGUCGCUGGAACCCUCCGCUGCUGGAACGCCGUCAGCCGCGACCGCGAGUCCCGCCCUCGUCGACGCCAAGCCGGAGGCGCGCCUCAGCCCGGAGCCGGGCACGAGCGCCGCCCCCGCGCCCUCCUCCGCCCCCGCCUCCGCCUCCGCCGCCACGCCGGACGAAGAGUCGAGCAACACCGCCGGCAGCACCAUGUACCCCGGAUCGCAGGGCAGGGUCAGCUACAGGGGCAUCUUCACGGCCACCGCGAGCGACCAGUGGCUGACCGACAAGCUGGCGCAGCAGCAGCAACAACAGCAGCAACAGCAGCAGCAGCAGCAGCAGUUCUUCGGUCUGGCGCCGCCGCAGUCGUACCCCGGCAGCCCGGCCAGCGGCGCGUACGAAGAUGUGCGGACCCAGCAGCAGCAGCAAGCGGAGCUGCUGGGGCUGUCCAUGGACAACCUACCGCUGAAGCAGCCGCCCGGCUACCCCAGCUGCGUCAGCGACGUCUCGCAGCAGCCCGAGCUGUACGGCCGGCCGUCGGGCAAGUACCCCUGGCUGGAGCAGCAGGAGUACGCAGCGGCGGCAGCGGCGGGACCCUCCGGGCUCGUCCCCAAGCAGGAGCCGCCCACCUCCGCCGCCGCCGCGGUGGUCGCAGCCGCCGCGGCCGCCGUCUUCGGCGGCGACGUCCAACAGCCGCCGUCGGCGCAGGGCAACGGCGGCGAACAGACGCAGCGCCCGUCGCAGGCGUAUUCCCCUCAGGUGCAGCUCGCCGAGUACAACCCGUCCACCAGCAAGGGCCACGAGAUCCUGUCGCAGGUGUACCAGCAGUCGAACGUGCCGCUCAAGCUGGUGCCGGUGAAGCCGCGGAAGUACCCCAACCGGCCGAGCAAAACGCCGGUGCACGAGCGGCCGUACGCCUGCCCCGUCGAGAACUGCGACCGACGCUUCUCGCGGUCCGACGAGCUGACGAGGCACAUCCGCAUCCACACGGGGCAGAAGCCGUUCCAGUGCCGCAUCUGCAUGCGCUCCUUCUCGCGCUCCGACCACCUCACGACACACAUCCGAACGCACACGGGCGAGAAGCCCUUCAGCUGCGACGUCUGUGGCCGCAAGUUCGCGCGCUCCGACGAGAAGAAGCGGCACGCCAAGGUGCACCUCAAGCAGCGCAUGAAGAAGGAGAGCAAGCUGGUGACGAGCACGUCGACGGCGCAGCAGCAGCAGCAGCAGCAACAGCAACAGCAGCAGCAGCAGCAGCAGCAGGCGCUGCACCACCACCACCACCUGUCGCACCACCACCACGGCCACCCGCACGGCCACCACGGCCACGCACACGGCCACGCGUCGACGAGCGGCAUGCAGCAGGUGGAGGACGCUCUGGCGCUGCCGGUCACGACGUCACUUUGAGCCCCACCUGCCGGCUCCGCAGCCGGGCCACCGCCACCUCCACGAACCGACGGCGAAGGCGAGGCCGAGGCCGAGAUCGACUCCGAACCCGAACACGAAUCCGAACCCGGAGCCGAAACCGAAGGCGACCCCGAACCGAGGGCGGAGCCCGUCGCCCGCCUGUCGCCGGUUCCCACCGACACCCCCGCCCCUCGUCUCGUCUCUUCGCCCUCUGCGUCAGUGAUCCACCUCUUCUCCGACUCCGCCAACCACUUGUGGGUGUACAGGUUCAGGAGCGUCGUUCUCAUUGUUCUCGUCGUCGACUUGGCGGCCGACGACAACGGAAAUGAGACUGAGGACGCAAACGGCGCCGCAGACGCUUAAAAACAAAUGCGAGAAUCUUUUCCCACCCCUCAAGCCCCCGAAAAAGUGUCGGAACCUUACAAACACUUUACCGCGUUGUAAUGGAGCGAACUACGCUACUCCGGAAAUUCCGUGUGUAACAAACAGUUCACUCGCUUCUUUUCGUCAAUUUGGAGAGAAGAAAAUAUAUCUGAAUUGAUGUUGUUGUAAAUGUGUGUGUACGUGUAAACUAUUAUUGUUGUCGUUUCAUAUAUGUAAUGUCUAUACAAGAGACUCGAUGACUGUGGAGAAGUUUCCCCCUUCUUCGACGAAAACAGAGAGAGAGAUGGGCUCGAAGGAAGGCGCUGUGCUGCAUUUUUUUUUUUCUUUUCCUUCUCGGAAGAACCCUGUGGCUGUGUGUGUGUGCAAAAAUCGCGCCCUGCCACGGCAGUCCUAUUUUUGUACAAGUUUCAUUUGCUAAUCGGAUCUUUACAGUUUCUGACACGCCGUGUGUAAUAAUCCGUGCUUUAAGUUGUUUUAAUGCCAGCCGGUUUGCGGCUUUAACAUGUAUAGAGAGAGAGAGAAACAAAAUAACAAAAUGGCUUUAAUUAAUUGAGUAAGGUGAACAAGUAAGAAAAAGGAGAAUAAGCUGUUGUAUUUACAUUUUUGUAACUGUUACAUACUUGAAGUGUUGCCAAAUAACAAAUGUUUUAUCACAAAACAACAUUCCGUAAAUUAGAUUUUUUUACACAAAAGGAAAUUAGUGUCCUUUUUUAUUUUAAAGAAACAGUUGGCUAAGUGUGUAUAAAAAAAGAGGUUGUUCAAAUUACCUGUGGUUGUAAAUUUUUUAAAAGUCUAAAUUAAUGUUGAUGUGGUCGUUUUUACUACCUACAGUCAUACACGCACAGAUGGUGGAGAAAGACGCAUAGUUUUUUGCGAACAGGCCGGCGUAGCCGGGAACUUGCCUUAUUAAAAUUCUGCAUUCAUAUCCAGAGUGUUUAGCAUCAGUAGCGAGCCAAACUGUCCCCAGUCCGUGGCCACGGAGAUUGUCAACUAGCGCUGUCAAUGUUGUAAGUAGGAAAGGCUCUCUGUGUUUCUAUCGGAAUUUACCACUCCACGAGAAUUACUGAUUUUGCACAGAAAACACCUACAGGUUCCAUGCAUACCGUUAGUAGUUUGGCUCCAGUACAUUGGGCUAUUCACUGUUGUAAAAUAUAUUCAUUCACUUCAUUUAGCUGUGCACGUAACGUUAAGUGUUAAUGAUCAAUUUAUCAUCCUUAACCCAUUCCUCCGCUAUGUAAUUAGUGCGGUACCGAUCCUUCUUCCGUGUCUGAGCGUCACCUAUUGGAACGUCUUCAUGGUGCCUCUCAGCUACAGUGGCUAGUUACCGUUCUGUGGUCACGGACGUGCACUGCAAAAUAUUUCCGAUCUCGUUUCGUUGGUGCAUCAAAACUGAGAGAGUCGUGCAUAUGUGUGUGUGAACAAGCUUGCUCCAUCUGCCCCAGUCUCACAAUACAUGUUCGAGAUGAAUAAUUUUCUGUUUCCAAUCUGACAACAAAUUAUAGCUGAAAUUCUUCCACUGUAUUUCCCUUUCUAAAGACUGCCGUAGGUUGGCAAUAGCGAGCUUUAAUUUGCCCCGUGUGGUUUCUGGAUUAAUUCAUACUUGUACGAAUGUGCGUCAUGCGUGUGAACAGUUUCAUGUCAAUUUGCACCCCUUCACAAGCUCAUGUGUGUGUUGAUGAAGCUUUAACCAAAGUCGCGAUGGAUCUCUGCUUCUUCUCAUCCCAAACACAACGAUGCUAAGCAGACUGGCUAUUAAAAAGAGUACAGGAUAGAAGGUUAGAUAGAAAAGAAAGUUUUUCGUAUCGUGUUGCAGUUGUUAUGGUGGAACUUUAACCACCCGAAAAAAAGAAGUGUACAAAUUUUAGGCCUAAAAUGCCAUAGUAGCCAAAUAAAAGGGAUUAAAAUCGUCGAAAUGUGUAUAUAUAUAUAUACAUAUACUAAAACUGAACUGUAAAUAAAUUAUCUCUUUAAAAGUGUAAUAUUGUUGACCUAUUUCUUCUGACUGCUGUUACUAUUGCCACACUUGGCCUCCACUACCCGUGUUUCUAACUGUUGUACAGAAAAAAUCAUAUAUUAAUUCCGCGUUACGUGGUUUAAUUGUUAACAUGUGCUUAGUGAAGAUGAUGUAUUUUCGUGAAAGAAAUUGUGAAACUUAAUAUUUUAAAUGUGAACAGUGUUUUAUUGUCACAACACACCGAAAAAUUUAUGCUGCAGAAACCUCGAUCCUCCUUGUCAAAUAAUUCUGUUACUCGUCACAAUCUAUGCAGGUUACUGAAAUCUCUCGUGAGGCUGUUUUUAUAAAUGUGAUAUUUGGAAACGAAAGAAUUGAUGAAUUUAAAAUGAACAUGUAUCUAUUAUAAAUAGUGAAACACUCACUCAAAAUAUUUAUUUGUACAUUCUCCUGUCUCUGAGCAUUAGAUGUACAAGUUGAUGUUUUCUAUAUGAUCACUUUAAAUGGCUGUAAUGUGUUGUUACAAUGCGAUGGGAGAAUAUGUUGUCAAAUUUAAAAAAAAAGGAAUAUAAAUGCUGAACUAAAAAUA